GGUAUUCGCAAUCGAUGGCGAUGGUGCUGGUGAUGACAGGCGGAUCAAUUUGUUGGUGAAGAGUUUCAUUAAGUGGUGUAAUUCCGGAUCUCAAGAGGAAGGUUACAGCCAGUACCAACGAAUGCUGAGUACUUUAUCACAGUGUGAAUUUUCAAUGGGAAAAACUCUUCUGGUGUAUGAUAUGAACCUCAGAGAAAUGGAAAAUUAUGAAAAAAUCUAUAAGGACAUAGAAAAUAGUAUAACUGCAGCACAUGAGAAGAUUUCUGAAUGCAAAAAACAAAUCCUGCAAGCAAAAAGGAUUCGAAAAAAUCGCCAGGAAUAUGAUGCACUGGCCAAAGUCAUACAACACCAUCCAGACAGACAUGAAACACUGAAGCAGCUGGAAGCUUUGGGAAAAGAACUUCAACAUCUUUCUCAUAUUAAAGAAAAUGUUGAAGAUAAGUUGGAGCUGAGAAGAAAGCAGUUUCACGUUCUGCUGAGCACCAUCCAUGAGCUUCAGCAAACCCUGGAAAAUGAUGAAAAACUUUCAGAAGCUGAAGAAUCUCAAGAAACUCAGAUGGAAACCGAGACUAAACAGUAGAUGUAAUAUGAAGACUGACUAUACUGUUGAAUGUCCAAACUUUGUGUUGAAACCAACAGUAAGAAAGGGAGAGAUGAAAAAUAAGUUUUCUACUGCUUCUGUGAAUUUUUAUACAAAAUACUUGUUUUGCUAAUGCUUCAGGGGAAAACAGUUACAGAUCUGU